AUGGAUAGAAAUGCUCUGCGAGAAAGGCUGCCACCUACGCUCUAUAUGAUUGCAAAUUUUGCGCAUGAGAUAACUGGUAGAAAGCCUGGAAAGAACUGCGCUUCUCGCUGGUUAAACAAGCAUCCAAAUGCGUUGAUUUCUCGCUAUUCUCCAGACAUUGACCGCAAUCGAAAAAGAGCAGAUUGCGCUUGGAGUUAUGCUCUCUAUCUCGAGCUUAUAAAUCGCAAUAUUGAGCAGUAUAAUCUUCAGCCAAAUCAAAUUUACAAUAUGGAUGAGAAGGGCUUUGCGAUUGGGAUUAUGACAAGUCAAAAAAGAGUCUUUUCUCGGCGCUUAUAUGAGAAGAAGUUCAAGCAAUUUCUUCAAGAUGGGAAUAGGGAGUGGAUUACUACAAUUGCUUGUAUUCGCGCAGAUGGAACUGUUAUCUCUCCAGUUUUGAUCUAUAUGGCCAAAUCCGGUCACCAAGGCUUUAUCAUGUUUCUUGAAGAAACUCAAGGGAAAAAAUAUCAACUCUGGCUUCAAAGUACAGGUUUGGUUCCUUUCAGUCCGGAGGUGGUUUUACAGCGUUUUAAUGAGAAAUCUGAAAGCCGGCCAUCCUCAGCUAGUUCUACAGCUUCAAUUCUCUUGCCUGAAGAGUGGAGGGAUAUUCGCAAACUUCUUAGAAAGAUUGGAGGCAAAAAUCCUAGCAAAGACUUCAAAAUGCUAAGCAAUACAGUUAUGGAGCUUACUACAGAGGUUAUACUACUUAGAUUACAACUUGAAAGGGCAGAAAAGGCUCUAUUGAAUGAGAAGAGGCGCCGAAUUAGGAAAAGGCCAUUGUUAUUGGGUUUACCUAAUGAAAAUGAAGGUGGUGCGAUAUUUUUUAGCUUUUCAAAGAUUCAGCAAGCCCGAGAACUACAACAACAAAGAGAGGAUCAAGCACGCAGGAAAGAGCCAGGAAAUACGAUAAAAAGCUUUGACAACGGCUUGCAAAGGAAAUUACAGAGAAAGAAAAGCAAGAAAAGGCUCAAACCCGUCAACAAAAGCGAGAAGGACGCGUGCAAGAAGCUGCCGAAAAAACAACGCCAAAAACUCGAGGAAAAGCUAGCCAAGCAAGCAAAUUUGCAGCUUCAAAAAGAUAUUAUAGCUACGACAAAUCCCCGUAAGAGUCGAACGAACCCAAAUUCAAGGAAAUUGAAGCGCAAACAGAGUAGUGAGGUCGAAGAGGAAGUUAUUGAUGAGGUUCUUGCUACGAAUCGUAGGGAGCAGUAG